UUGCAGGGCGAUGGCGGCUCCAGGCCAGCAGAGGGCACUGUGGAGAGCACAGAGCACAGCAGGCUGUGCUGGGGGCGGGACUUCCAGAUCCAGCGGGUGCUGACAGCGUUUAACUCUGCGGUGACCGGAGAGCGCGAGAUCCUGCUGGAGCGCUACCUGGAGGGCUGGGAUGAGCUGGUGAGGUUCCUGGAGGCUCUGGGGACUGUGAUCGGCUUCAUCUCCCAGGAGGUGAAGGGCAAGCUCGGGCUGGUGAGGGAGCUGCGUCAGGGGGCCCCCGCGACGGAGGAGGGGGGCCCCUACCGGACCCUGCGCUCCAUGAUGGCUCACGAGCUGCGGGAGGGGCUGGUGGAUUUCCGCCGGCAGUCCCCCUCCGGCUGUCGCACAGUGCUGCGGCUGCACCGCGCCCUGCACUGGCUGCAGCUGUUCCUGCGCAGCGUGGGCCGCAGUUCUGCGGGGGACAGCAUGGGGGCGCUGUGCAACGUGGCUUAUAACCAAGCACUGGCGCCUUACCAUAGCUGGCUGCUCCGGCAGGCCGUGGGCGUGGCUCUCGUGGCGCUGCCAGACCGGGCGGAGUUCUUCAGGAUUGUGUGCGGGGCGGAGGAGGAGGAGGAGGAGGAGGAGAGGGAGGAGAGAGAGAGGGAGGGGCGCCAGCUCCUUGAGAAGACAGUCCUGGCUAUCACAAGGGUUUAUAAUAUUACACAAGAGGCGUACCAGGCUAACGGCAUGCUGGACUUGCCCUAACCGCCCCGCCCCGCCCCGGAGCAUCGCAGUCGAAGGAGCAGCCACUAGCAGAGGAAACAGCCAGCUGUCAACACAGGCGGCUCUGGUAAACUGGAAUACGUAUCAGAUGAGCGACUCUCGCACUGUGCUGUGGAUUUAGUGACUGCUUGUGCAGAUCAUUGAUCGAUAAUAGCAAAUAGUGCCAAAUUUAGAAAUAUUGUAACAGUAAUAAAAUAUAAAAAUGAA